UUCUUCAAUUGCUCUGGAUCCUGGUUCUGGAAGAGAUGGCGACUGCGGCUCGGCUGCUGGUACGGCAUGUGUGGAGCUGGAGGCUGCGGCCGUCGCUGUCGCCCCUGGCCGGCCUCGUUUCCCAGCGUGCCCACUCGCUGUUGCCUGUGGACGAUGUGAUCAACGGGCUAAGCGAAGAGCAGAAGCAGCUUCGUCAGACUAUGGCUAAGUUUCUUCAGGAGCACCUGGCUCCCAAGGCCCAGGAAAUUGAUCAUAGCAACGAGUUCAAGAACCUUCGAGAGUUUUGGAAACCUGGUAACCUGGGAGUAUUGGGCAUAACAGUCCCUGUUCAGUAUGGUGGCUCUGGCCUGGGCUACCUGGAACAUGUGCUGGUGAUGGAGGAGAUAUCCCGAGCUUCUGGAGCAGUGGGUCUCAGCUAUGGUGCCCAUUCCAACCUGUGCAUCAACCAGAUUGUGCGCAACGGGAAUGAGGCCCAGAAGGAGAAAUAUCUCCCCAAGCUCAUCAGCGGUGAGUACAUUGGAGCCCUGGCCAUGAGUGAGCCCAAUGCUGGCUCAGAUGUUGUCUCCAUGAAGCUAAAGGCAGAAAAGAAAGGAGAUUACUACAUCCUGAAUGGCAACAAGUUCUGGAUUACCAACGGCCCCGAUGCUGAUGUUCUCAUUGUCUACGCCAAGACAGAUCUAGCUGCUGUGCCAGCUUCUCGGGGCAUCACAGCCUUCAUCGUGGAGAAGGGUAUGCCUGGCUUCAGCACCUCCAAGAAGUUGGACAAGCUGGGGAUGAGGGGCUCUAAUACCUGUGAGCUAAUCUUUGAAGACUGCAAAGUUCCUGCUGCCAACAUCCUGGGGCAUGAGAGCAAGGGUGUCUACGUGCUGAUGAGCGGGCUGGACCUGGAGCGCCUGGUGCUGGCGGGUGGGCCCCUCGGGCUCAUGCAGGCAGUCCUUGAUCACACCAUCCCCUACCUGCAUGUGAGGGAAGCCUUUGGCCAGAAAAUCGGCCACUUCCAGCUGAUGCAGGGGAAGAUGGCAGACAUGUACACCCGCCUCAUGGCAUGUCGACAGUAUGUCUACAACGUUGCCAAGGCCUGCGAUGAGGGCCACUGCACUGCCAAGGACUGUGCCGGUGUGAUUCUUUACGCAGCUGAGUGCGCCACACAGGUAGCCCUGGAUGGCAUUCAGUGUUUUGGUGGCAAUGGUUACAUCAAUGACUUUCCCAUGGGCCGCUUUCUUCGAGAUGCUAAGCUGUAUGAGAUUGGGGCUGGCACCAGUGAGGUGAGACGGUUGGUCAUUGGCAGAGCCUUCAACGCAGAUUUCCACUAGUCCCAAGAUCCACCACCCCUUUGGUCCAGCACCUAGAGGCCUUUGGAAGCAGAGAUCAGGUAGCCCUCCUAGCUGCCUGAAGCAGGCCCUGCUGCUCACCUUCCCUUCUGGUUCCAUCCCUCAAGCCGCUGCAAGAGGUGGAGCCUUUUACACUGGCUGCCAAGCACUGUGGGCCAACCAGCCAGGAAAGUUUAAAAUGGACUCAGCAGGAAGCAUAUUGUCUUUUCUGAGAGCAGCUAAGAGGGCUUUGGUGACUCUGUGCCCUUGCUCUCUGCUUUUCAACUUCAAAGCCCGAUGCUCCCACCUCCUGGGGUGACCUGGGAGCAGGCAGAUAUCCACCCCUUCUUUUGGAUGAACCUCUGGCAGGGAGCCCUCUCUGCUCAAGUAUAGCAGAAUCAUUGCCCCUCUCCAUUUACUCAAACUUGGUGGUCUCUUUUCUGGGGAAAAAGAAAAGCCAAAAACUCACCCUUGUUUGCUGGCUUUUUGAGUCAUCAGUUCCCAACCAUUUUGGAACACCUGCAGAGUCUGCAUGGGGGACAAAAGAUGGCUUGUGGAGAAUUAGCUCAUGCUGGCCCCUUUGGCAGCCCAUCUGAGCUGUUCUGCACUGCUCUGCCACAGGAACCAGUGGGUCCUGGUCAUGUAACCUUCCACAGGCACAAGCCCUGCCCAAGCAGGCCUGUGUUGCCUGGCUCAACUCCAGCAGAGGCUGUCUGUGUACAUUUCUCAAGACACCCCAUGUACACUGCCUGUGUACAUUUCUCAAGCCUAAUUUUGUUACAACUGCACAGUGGCUGCUGCCAUUUUGUAUUAAACAUAUUGUGAAGCAAACCCAUCUGUUUCUAAACCGGUGUUUUGGAGGAGAAACAAUCUACUACUCCUGACUUCUGUCUAGAUACAGCACAUGUCCUUGGAGAAUGGCUGGCCCAAGUCCUAUUUUUGCCCUCCAGCCUGCUCCCAGUGAUUUGGUUUUGUGUGUGUGCACGCACGUGUAUUUGUUUUGUUUGUGGUGCUGGGGAUUGAACCCAGGACCUUGCACAUGUGAGGCGAGCACUCUACCACUGUGCUACUACCCUAGCCCUUCAGUGGUUUUUUUUAAAGGAAAGAGGGACCCCAAAGUGGUAAGAUCUUGGAGCUGUAAAGUACCUUAUAAAUUUCUGAAAACCAUCCUUGAGGUAUUUUGGUUUUGGGUUCAUUUGUUAAGAUCAAGACAAUUUAACUCUUUCAAGGUCAGAACUAGAGCUAAACUCCAGAUUUGCUAGCAGCAAUAAUGGGAGUAUUCUGAGAAUUCCAGCCUGGGACCCUACUACACAGCAUCCUAGAUGGAACAUGGUCUGAGAGGACUGGAUCUGUUAUUCCACUCCCUCUAAGUCCCCAGAAGAGGAAAUGAUUUUCUUGGCUCCCAGCCUGGCAACACCUGUUCCUGGUGUUUGGUCCUGGUCUCCAGACAAGUGAUGCUCUCAGCCUGAGGCUUGAGAGUGGGUUUAGCAACCCCAAUCUAACCCUAUCUUGAGGGGAAUAUCCAGAGCUUGUGGCUGUCCCUUAACUUCCCAGUUCUAUCUUGUGCUAUAUUGAUGAAUUUAGCUAAAAUGGUGAAUGAUCAGCUAAAAACAGGUAGCCACGAUAAUCAGCCUAAAGACAUUUAAAAUGGCAGAAUGUGAUGUGUGGUCCAGUUAGUGUUGGGUAGAGCCCCCCCAAGUUGGGGUUUGUCCCCCAGAAGUUAGAAUCUUAAUCCCCAAAGUCACAUGCCAAUUAUAUCUGGAGGUAGGACCCUCAUUGGCUUUAGUGGCUUCAUGAGAGGGUGCCCCAUACUAGCAUACUUGUUCUGUCAUGUGAGAUCCUCCACCAUGUUUCAAUGCAGCAAGAAGGCCCUCACCAGAUGUCAGUGCCAUGUUCUUGGACUUGUAGCCUCCAGAACAGUGAGCUAGAUAAAGCUCUAUAAAUUACCCCAUCUGUGGCAUUCAGUUAUAGCAUCAGAAAACCAAGACAGAAUGCAGUUAUUCUCCUGAUCCUUUAUGCGAAACAAGAGGAAUGUUUAAAAACGAAAACAAAACAAACUGCAUAGACUGAGACAAAAAUGGGAGAUCAGUGGGCACUUUGUUUCUGGUGGGCGUUUCAGGUUCUCUGCACGCACCGCGCAGCUCUACCGCACCUGUUAACAGGCACCUUUCCUUCCUGAGGCUGCCUCUGAUUCUAUUCCAGAUUUAGGCCACCACACCAUCAGCGCAGCGCCUCCUCCACAUGGCCUGUCCUGGGGGAGGUCAACAGAAGGUAACAGAAUGUUUAAGUGAUGUGGGCACACCCAUAUCAGAACUUGGGAACCGGUAAACUAAGACGUCUGCAUCUCUACCCAGACUAAUCACAUCUCUGGGAGUUACAGCAACCCAUCAGGGUUAGAGGGGCUUCUCUAGAGACCGAAGACCUAAUUCUUGGCCCUCUAAUCCAAGGAUAUUACCCCUUCCGUAUGUAACUAUCUCAAAUUUCGUUUCACACACCGGUUCCUUGGGUGCGGAAGGCAAGGAGCGACCCCUUCAAGAUGGUCGGCAAGGUGAGUUGUCCCGGGGUGAAGGAACCAAGCGCCGGCUGAGAGGCCGGCCACGCCCAGACGCUGGAGACCCGGGGUGGAGCCCCAGCUGGUGUAAAGUGGCUGCGUGCGGGCCAGGACCUCCCUGGUGGGAGCUGAAACGCAAGAUUCCAGUUGCGGUUGGACUCGCAACCUAGAUCAGGUCCAGGAUCUUCCCUGUGUGCCCCUCCGCCGAGACGGAGCGCUGCCCUGGCUCUCGGGACUAGCUCUGGUGCAGCGUGGAGCUCGCCUGACCCCUGCUGGCUGCCUGCGGGGUCGCAGUCGCGCAGAGCCUGCUGCUCUCUGCCCUUCGCUAGCGUGCCUUGGAUGCGAGGAUUCCAGUUCAGGAAUUUCAGGACUCAGGAAUAUUUUAUUAUAUUAAACGAGAACAUUAAAGGGGAGAUAAGUGGCUGUCCUCUAUUACCAUCGUUUUAUACAAG